AUGCAAAAGCAACCCUUCACCCAUCAGUUCAUUCUACCUCCACAAUCGCCUUCUGCUAUUCCCAUCGUCGCUCCGGAUGCAGUUGCUUCAACCUCUUCACAGACCGACACCGCCAAUAAGCCUGCUUCAAAACCAAAAGCCAACGUGAAUGCUAAACGUCUAUGUCGCAAUGUGAUUAUCCACGGGUUCUGCAAGUUCGAAGACAAAGGCUGCGAAUUCAACCACGAAGUGGGCAUCAAACCAUCAUCUCAACCUAGUCCUGAAAGCAAAUCCACGGUGCGUAUCCAGCAACCUACAGCAACAUCAAAACCUGCCAAUGCGGUGUCCACAGUAACCCCAGAUAGCGUCAAUGCACCGGUCUUCGUUCCUACAUCAUCUUCUAACGCCAUCACACAAGUCACAACAACAACAACAACGGCAGAGGGUAAUACAAUCAAUCCACCCGCUUCCUCCGGACAAAAUGGCUAUCCAUCUACAAAUGGUGAUGCUUCCGUGUCAGGUCUUACCAACAGCUUCUCUCAUUUCACAAUGGCAGGCGAGAUAUCAGGAGCCGCUUCCCCGAUGCAACCACAUCCACCUAUGUCGUCCAUGGGAUCCAUGAGCAUGAUGCAACCAGGCCCAGUCGAUCCCUAUUAUUAUAUGGGGGCAUCCAUGUUUGAUCAGCAGCCGUUGCAAUACCAUAUGCACGCUCGCACGUUGCCACAUCUUGCCAAUCUUUCAACACAACAACGGGCACUACAAUCCUUCUUUACACCCGAUCAACUACGAGAAGAAUUAGCACGAAGAAAUGAGAACGAGUUGGUUACAAUACCAGCACGUGAAUUAGGUCUGCCCCAGGAAGUGGAUGUAUAUCAUUCAUUGUAUCCUUUGGAAAUCCGCAACCAGCCUGGACACAAGAGCAUGUUCUUUAAUCAUCCAACAACGGCGUACAAGGCUGUCUCCACAGUGGAUGGUCGCACUUAUGUUCUUUACCGAGUCGAAGGUUUCCGUUUGGUCAAUGAACAAGCUAUGGCUUCUGUUGAACGUUGGCGAAAGAUAAGGCAUUCAAAUAUUGUAUCCAUCCGAGAGGCAUUUACUACACGUGCUUUUGGUGAUCCUUCUGUCAUUUUCGUGUACCAGUAUCAUCCUGGAGCAAAGACUCUGCUUAGCAUGUACGGCAUGGGAAAUCGUUCUGCCAAUGGUAGUGCACCCACCUUUAUCCCGGAGACCACCCUAUGGAGCUACAUCACCCAAAUCGCAUCAGCAAUGAAAAAAGUGCACAAGGCGGGUCUUGCUGUAAGGAGCAUUGAACCAUCCAAGAUUCUUGUUACAGGCAAGAACAGACUCCGUAUCAAUUGCUCAGCAGCAUUGGAUGUCUUGCAUUUUGAAUCCGGAGAUGGGACUAUCGAAGAACACCAACAAGAAGACUUUUUGGCAUUUGGCAAACUUAUCAUUGAACUCGCUUGCAACAUACCACAAUCAUCUCAGAACCUCCCUCGUUCUUUUGAACUUGUGUCCCAUUGUUAUUCAGCAGAUAUCAAGAAGGUUGUUUUGUAUCUAUUGAGCAAGCCAGAUUCAACAAAGAACAUCGAUCACGUGAUUUCAUUGAUUGGAUCAAGGAUAUUGCAUGAGGUCAAUUGCAACCAAAGCUACACGGAUGUAUUGGAUCAUGAGUUGAGUCGGCAGCUGGAAAAUGGACGACUUUUGCGAUUAUUGACCAAAAUGGGUUUUAUCAACGAGCGUGCAGAAUUUGAGAAUGAUCCCUCUUGGUCAGAAACAGGAGAAAAGUACAUCAUCAAGCUAUUUAGAGAUUACGUAUUUCAUCAAACAGACGACAAUGGGCAGCCAAGGUUGGAUAAUGCUCAUGUUGUAUCUUGCUUGAACAAGUUGGAUGCCGGCGUGGAUGAAAAAAUCAUGCUCACUUCAAGAGACGACGAAACGAGUGUCAUUGUUAGCUAUAAGGAGGCCUUCCUCUUUUCAGUUUCCAACCUAUUUACAAUGAGCGCUGAACUCGUCUGGGCUUUGGUCAAGAACAACAACUCCUUCCUCGUCAAGCGUCCUAAUGGCGUUGAGUUCACUGCCGAGCGUGGUAACUUGACCAACUUGAACACUUUCAAGUACUCUGGUCUUGCCAACAACAAGGCUGUUGACAUCGCUGCUGCUCCCCGUGGUGUCCGUGUCACCCUUAAGAAGGCCAAGCAAGCUAACAAGCCCGCCAAGUCUACUCACUCCUAUGUCAUUGCCAAGUCUCGCCGUGCUUCUGCCAAGUCUGUCGCCAACUUGGUCGCUCGCUCUGGUUACCGUGCUGAUUUGCGCAAGGCUGCUCUUGCUCGUGCCUCUGCUGUCAUCUCUUCCCAAGCUCCCAAGAAGGCUAAGGCUGUCCGCCCCGCCAAGGGUAUCCGUGCCGAGAAGGCUGCUGCCAAGCAAGCUUAA